AUGGAAAAUGUUAAUAAAUAUCGAUUAAAUUGCAAAUUAUUGAUUGAAUCAAGAAGAUAAAAAUAAAUUACUCCAUAAAAACUUAAUAAUACUAUUCAAAAUAUGCUCAAUUAAUUUAAUUUUAUAGAGUCUAAUAAGACUGAAGAGCUGAUUUUAUAAUAAAAUCUAAAUAAGACACAAUAAAUAAAAUUUAUGGAAUAAGAACAACGAUCUAUAACUAAUAGUAAUGUCACAAAAAUGAAUUAUUUUAAGGCAAAGCAGGAUAAAUUUGCUAAAAAUAUGAAUCAAUUAAAAAUAGAAUAUCCUCCUUUGAUAAUCAAUAUUAAACAAUUAAAUGUGAAAUAAAUGCGUAAACCUGAUUAAUAAUCCAGGAGAAAGAGGUUUAUAACAACAUAAGAAAAAUAUUUAGAAAAUGAUAAUACGAAUAAUUAUAUAAAGUUAAUUAGCUAAACACGAUGUGUUUCAAAUACAAGAUAAUACUAAAAUUAGAGAUUAUAAACUUUUUGCAGUUGGUCUAGAAAAAGUUCAGAUAAUCUUUCUUUGAAAAAACAUUUAUUUUGA